UACAAUAAUAAUCACUCCGUCAGUGCAAUCCGUAGCGAACGUACGAAACGACAUCACCGUCAUUCGUGUGCAAGUAGAAAAUAAAACCGACGAGUGAGACGACUUAGCUUGGUUUAAUUUUGAAUCUCGGUACACUGUUUUUUUUAAGGAGGUCCCUUCAGUCGUUAUCGUCGAACAAUGACGAUAUAUAGUGUCGUUCAUAGCUGUUAAUCAUCAACAUCGCCAUCGACUAAUCUGGAUAAAAGUUCUAUCAGCUAUUGUUUAGUCUCCAGUGACAAGACAAGAUUAAUCGACAUAAUUUUCCUGGAUUAAAACACAAUGUUUGCUGUCCAUUGAAUAUUGCAUUCUAAUGUUGACCUGAACGGUGGUCACUCCUCGGCCUGGUGUUGUCCUCGACCCAGCACGUUUUGGGGGCCGUCACAAUGGAAAUGAACGGUGUAGGGACAAGCAGUGACGGCAAAAACAGAUCGUGGCGCAGGCUCAGUCUGAAACAAUACAAAAGAGCACCAACGCAGGACACCGAGAAAACACCAAAAAAAUGGACAAGUCUUCGCCAGCACCGAAAGCCAACAGAAGAGUCGGGCACUGAAAUGGAAUCGUCGCCGCAGACCCAAAGGCGUACCAAUUGGGCAGUUUACCAGCAUUUUUCGACGGCAUCCGAUUCACCCACGCCCUUGCUGAGUCGCGGUGCAAGUGGUACAGUUAAUUAUUCCGAAGUCGACCAACAGCAAGAAGCAUGUGAAAGGGUUUCACUGUCACCGAACUCCAAGUUCGUGCCUGGACUGUCAGAUGAGAAUGGAGAUAUUCUUCGUGACUUUUCCAAACUCAACUGCUGUCAGAAAAUCACAACGCUGCUGACUUCAUCACAUCAGUUUAAAAACUUACAGGUGGAAAUGCUCUAUCAAAGAUAUUUCCUGCGAACCAAUCAAAGUCACAUGGUCCAUUUGCUGGUGCUGCUGUGUUUGCUGUUCACGUGUAUAGCUUUUGCCGUGCUUCUAUCUAACUAUGAGACUCAGGUUCAUUGUUCCUUACUCCUUUUAUGCUGUAUAGUUAUUUAUCUAGUCAUAAUUGGCAUCGUGUCGAGAUCUGGAUUGAACGAGGUGUACUUAAGUUUCGUGUCCUACGUGGUGUUGGCCACGUUCUUGUUGAUAGAACUGUCAUUCGGCGUUCUCACCAAAUCUCAGGCCGUCACCGUUCCUACAUUGGUGUUCGUCUACAUAUCUUACAGUCUGCUCCCAGUCAAAUUACAGUACGCUAUCUUUGCUGGCACGAUAUUCAUGAUGUCUCAGUUGGUUUUCACCAUAUCAACGGAAACCGGCAUAUCCAGCCAUAGUUUCAUUAAUUUGUUGCUCGUGGCGUGUACAAACGUGACUGGAGUAAUGAUGCAUUACCCUAACGAAGUGGCCAAAAGACAAGCGUUCUUGGAGACCAGACAAUGUGUUCAAGCAAGACUGACCACGCAAAAGGUUAACCAGCAGCAGGAAAGACUGCUAUUGUCGGUUUUGCCCAGACAUGUCGCCAUGGAAAUGAAAGCCGACAUCGCUGGUAAACGUCACGACAGCAUGUUCCACAAAAUUUAUAUACAAAAACACGAGAACGUUAGCAUACUGUUUGCGGACAUCUGCGGAUUCACUAGCCUAUCCGACCAAUGUACAGCUCAAGAACUAGUAAGACUUCUGAACGAACUGUUCGCCAGAUUCGACCGGCUGGCUCAGGAAAACUCUUGCCUGCGCAUCAAACUUCUAGGAGACUGUUAUUACUGCGUGAGCGGACUGCCCGAACCCAGACCGGACCACGCCAACUGUUGCGUGCAAAUGGGUCUUGACAUGAUCGACGCAAUCACGUUGGUGAGGGACGUGAUGGACGUUAACGUCAACAUGAGAGUAGGAAUACACUCGGGUCGCGUGCACUGCGGAGUUUUGGGACUGUGCAAGUGGCAAUUCGACGUGUGGUCCAACGACGUGACACUGGCCAACCAGAUGGAAAGCGGCGGAAUACCUGGGAGAAUACACAUCACCUCGGACACGCUCAAGUACUUGGGCAACGCGUACCAAGUGGAACCCGGCAACGGCGGCGAGCGGAACGCGUUCCUUAAGGAUCACAACAUCGAGACGUACCUGAUCGUGCCGCCGGAUGCGACUUAUGUGUCGCAGUAUUACAAAAAACAGAGCCCUGGCCCUUCGUACAACGGUAACAUAUCAAAAGAAUUCAGAAUUAUGGGUCACAAUCAACGACACAUCACCACGUUUACAUGUAAAGAAGAACCAGAGGUGCACAAUGGCGAAGUGGACGAAUACCUGUUAUGUGCCAUCGACGCCAGAAGCAUUGACCGUCUCAAAGCCCAGUACUGUUAUCCGGUCACGUUGAAAUUUCGAGAUCCCAAUAUCGAGCAAAUCUACAGCAAAGAGCCCGACAGAAUGCUCUAUUCGUACAUGGCGUGCACCGUUUGCAUAUAUUCCGCUAUUACCGUCGGUCACAUCGCGAUUCUGCCGUUGUCGUACUUGCUGAUAGGAUGCUUGGCGCUAGGAUGGACGGUGAUCGCCCUGUCGGCCAGUGUGAUUUUUCGCAACAAGCUGGCGGAUACGAUGAAUUUACUUAAAAAGGCGUCUCAGACCAUCAACCAGGAUCGGUCGAUAGCCCAAACGAUGGCCGUGGUCAUUAUCGUUUGUUGUUUUUUGACAUCCAUGACACCGUUGAUCAAGUAUAAAUUAGAAGUGUGUUUCAACGAACUCAAUCAAAAUUCUACUGACUAUCGUCCUUUGGACGACCAAAAAGACACAGUGACAUUGGAAAACACUUGUCAGCUUUUAUUUAAUUACAUGACAGUAUGUGCUAUCAUACUCAUGAUAUUAGUUGCCGUGUAUCAAGUGCUAAUCAGUCUAGUCAAACUUUUCUUGUUAAUGUUUAUAUCUUCGUGUUACUUCAUAUCGUCUAGCAUAUUUUUGAACCACAGACCGAUUGAAGAAUCGUUUUGGAUCCGAAUUCUUAUGUUUGUCAUUAUGAUGGGCCUGAUUGUUGCAUUGAUUCUACAAGCACAACAGACUGAAGUUACUUCUAGACUUGACUUCCUUUGGAAACUUCAAGCCACAGAGGAAAAAGAAGACAUGGAACAUCUAGAAGCGUACAACCGUAAGCUUCUAGCUAACAUUCUACCAGUUCACGUAGCUGAACAUUUUUUAACACUAGACAAACCCGUUGACUUUACACAAGCUAUAAAUGGGGAUAUAAAAAAAUGAAACAACAUAUACGAGGGCCAUGUCAAAUGAAAUCCCGUUAAAAAGGUUUAGAGUAGCGAUAUUCGUUUGCAAAAAGUCAAAUGGAAAUACAUUUUAAUAAGUAUAAUAUGGUUUGUCUAACGGAGAAAGAGAAUCGGUUUUUUUGCGCCGAGUUUUAUAUUUUGAGAAAUUAUUCUUAACUAUCUUUGAAAAUUCGCAGAAAUAAAUUACAGAAGAAAGCUACAAUCCAAUUUUGCCGGUAACUUUUUACUGCGCAAAAAAGUAAUCAGAGUGGUUCUAUGAAUUUCAAAAUCAACAUGAAUAUUUAAUCGAGUUCUGAGAUAAAAAUACUAGUAAAUAAUUGUAUAUAUUAAAACAUUAAAAAAAAAUUAAAAUUAAAACCCAACCUAGCACGCUUUAUGUAGAAUAGAGCACUUCUUAAAUUGUGCACCCAAUAAUUGAAGUAAAGUAAUUUUCAAUGUUCUAUGUGCAUCUUUUUUUCAUUGUUUUAAUGUACAAUAGCACUUGCAGAUCAGUCUGUACAAAUAUAUUAGCACACACAGACGUAUGAAUAUUCCCAUAUAUAUUUUUCUCUAACAUCUCACAACCCCUUGAAUUUCACACUGGUGGUCACGGUCGGCUCCUAUGACAGGACCGGAGGGAAUCGAAGCACCGAAGCUCGACGUCACACAGGUCAUCACAGGUCGGCAAAUCGUUAUUUAUUCAUGGAAUUAUUUAGCGACAAAUCAGGAAAAUACUCAUACGGUGAAAAACCCUAAGGAAAUAAUAGACAGAAGUAAAAUACUACCCUGACUAAAAAGACAUCCAAUGAUUAAAAAAAGAACCCCUUGUUAUAACCUCAAUAACCACAAGUUACCAUCAGGGACGAGUAUAAUAUGUCGGUUAUCAACUUCUUCGUCCCUAAAACUACUUUUUGUGAUAAAAAAAAAAUGGUUUUUACCGGUUAAAUUAAAUUUACCGGUUUUAUUUAAAUAAAUUAUAAUACUGGGUUACUUAUGAAUUCCCCGUUUAGAUUACUGCGGAAACCACAUUACUAAUUUCUAUGGAGUACAAUCAGUAAAAAUUCUUGUAAAAAACUAUAUGUUAAGAUAAUAGAGCUGUUGUUCGUAACUUAGCUAGUGGAUGAGAAAAUUAGCUGUACUCAUUGAAAUAAUACAGAUACUUAUGAGAUUAGGCUAAUUAAUGGAUUGGGAUUUAUUUUUUUUUAAAGAAGAAAGGACAUUUUUUUUUUUACUAUAAUUUAUUUUUACAUUGUUUUUAGGUCAGAACAAAACAACUAUGACUUUAAGAAUCUUAUCGCCCUCUUGGCACUUUUUAAUGACUGAGUAUUUGUUUUCAUCAUCAUUUUUCACAUCGUUUUCGAAGAGAAUAUGUUGAAAAAUUCAACAAUUUAACUAUCAAUUAAAAGUUUUCCAAAGCUACAAAAUAAAUAAGAAAAUACAUCUUUAAACGUCUAUAUUUAUUUUAAUAAUACUUAUUGCU